CAUGUCAUCCUUCCCCCUACUUGCCAGAUCCCUUACUCCGAGUUGGGGGGCCAAACCCUGGUGAUGCAGGCGUAUGACUUUGACCACUUUUCCAAGCAUGACGUGAUUGGCAAGGUUAAGAUCCCUAUGAACAUGGUGGACCCGGGCAAACCGCUGCACGAGUGGAGAGGAAGGGGAGAGAAGCUGGAUGACAUCUGCAUCUCCCUCCGUCACAUGCCCAUGGCAGGCAAGCUCACCGUCAACGUGAUGGAAGCCAAGAACCUUAAAAAUACAGAUUUCAGCGACCUCUCAGACCGUGCCACUAACAUCCCCCUAUCGCCAAAUGUCCCCGUAUCCAGACUGUGGUUCUGGCAGCACAACAGGAGGCGGCUGAAGAAGGAGACGUCGACAGUGAAGAACAGACUCAACCUGUAAUUGAACGAGAGCUUCAGCUUCAAAGUUUCUUUCAAACAGAUUGGGCGCGUGCAGGUCCUAAUAACCGUGUAUAACUGCGACCAGCUGGGCAACGACGACGCCACCGGCAAGACCUUCAUCGGCUACGGCACGAUGGUCAGACAUGCUGGCCAACCCCUGGCAGCUUGCGCCCCGUGGCUCAGUGGCGCACACACUGUAGUUCAAGGAGGAGUUGGAUGUAGUGCUGAAGGAACCUCGCUGCUAGAAGGAUCCCUGAGGGGUCACCCCCCGUUCACGUGCUCGUAA